ACAAGGUAGGGUGAAGACCGUCGGGAUGGAUGCAGCUACCCUUACAUACGACACACUUCGCUUUGGAGAAUUUGAAGAUUUUCCUGAGACCUCAGAACCUGUGUGGAUCUUAGGGAAAGAAUUUAAUGCGCUCACAGAGAGGGAUGACAUUUUGUCAGAUGUCGCAUCACGGCUGUGGUUCACAUACAGAAAAAACUUCCAGCCAAUUGGGGGGACAGGACCAACAUCAGAUACAGGCUGGGGAUGUAUGUUGCGAUGUGGACAGAUGGUACUUGCUGAGGCCUUGGUUUGUAGACAUUUAGGCAGAGAUUGGAGAUGGGUCAGAGGACAAAAACAAAGAGAGGAAUACAUCAGUAUUCUCAAUGCCUUCAUUGACAAGAAAGACAGCUUCUAUUCUAUCCAUCAGAUUGCCCAGAUGGGAGUUGGCGAGGGAAAGUCCAUUGGACAGUGGUAUGGACCAAACACAGUUGCCCAGGUUUUAAAGAAACUGGCAAUGUUUGACUCGUGGAGCCGAUUAGUUGUACAUGUGGCAAUGGACAACACUGUGGUCAUCGAGGAGAUCAAGCGUUUAUGUAUGCCUUGGCUGGACUAUGGAGGAGCCUGUGCUGAACCAGUAGGAGCAGGAAUCAAUGGCUGCCUGGAAGGGGCCUGUGCCCUGGCUGAGGAAGAGACAGCCCUCUGGAAACCUCUUGUGCUACUCAUCCCCCUCAGGCUGGGCUUGACUGACAUAAAUGAGGCCUACAUUGAAACCCUGAAGCAAUGCUUCAUGCUGCCUCAGUCCUUGGGCGUUAUUGGGGGAAAACCCAACAGUGCCCAUUACUUCAUUGGUUAUGUCGGAGAGGAGCUCAUCUAUUUAGAUCCACAUACAACACAGCCUGCAGUGGAGCCAUGUGAAGAUGGCCAAAUACCUGAUGAGACAUACCACUGUCAGCACCCACCCUGCCGCAUGCACAUCUGUGAACUGGACCCGUCCAUCGCAGCGGGAUUCUUCUGCAAAACUGAGGAUGAGUUUGAUGACUGGUGUAUGCACAUUCGAAGGUUGUCCUGUAAUAGAGGGGGCCUGCCCAUGUUUGAGCUAGUAGACAGUCAGCCCCCUCAUAUGGUCAGUGUGGAUGUCCUCAACCUCACUCCUGAUUUUUCAGAUUCUGACAGGUUGGAGCGGUUCUUUGAUUCAGAGGAUGAAGAGUUUGAGAUCUUGUCCCUCUGAGGACGAUAUGGACGAGUUACUGUUCUUGAGAGUAAGCAAAAGAUUCUCCAUCUCUUCUCUGCAUU